UCCUCCUCCUCAGUUGCAGCCUCCAAUUCAAGUGUGCACCAGAAAAAAAGAUGAUAACAGGGGACGUCUGGACAGUGAAUAUGGGGAGCAAAACCUUACUGGCACAUUAAGGAUUUUAGAAUGGGAAGACAGGUGUCUUGAUCAGUGACAGCUGCAUGUGGAUUGUGAGUUUUUGUUGUCACCUUUUUCUCAUCAAAAUGUGUGAGGCAUGGAUGUGGGUCCGAUGGCAGUUUGUUUUCGUUACGGAUACAAGGACCAGCAAGUUAUAAGCAUGAAUUACUAAGGGCGGAAAAACUGAUAUCAAUGUUAAAUUCGACUUUGGAGGGAGGACCAUGGCAAAAAGGAAGGGACUGUUAUUUCCACUGCUGUACUUUAUGGCAGAGUUUUGGCUCACUUCACAGCAGGUCCUGAGAAUUGGAGGCAUCUUUGAGACGCUUGAGAAUGAGCCCAUUAGUGUUGAAGAACUGGCCUUUAAAUUUGCUGUAACCAACAUAAACAGGAACCGAACCUUAAUGCCAAACACCACAUUAACCUAUGACAUCCAGAGAAUAAACCUGUUUGACAGUUUUGAGGCCUCAAGAAGAGCCUGUGACCAGUUGGCUUUGGGUGUUGGGGCCGUAUUUGGUCCCUCUCACAGCUCAUCAGUCAGUGCGGUCCAGUCUAUUUGUAACGCCCUGGAAGUCCCUCACAUCCAGACGCGCUGGAAACACCCCUCAGUUGACAACAAAGACAGUUUCUACAUUAACCUCUAUCCUGAAUACACCUCCAUAAGCCGAGCUGUGCUGGACAUAGUGCAGCACUACAAGUGGAAGACGGUCACUGUUGUCUAUGAGGAUGCAACUGGACUGAUUCGUUUGCAAGAGUUAAUCAAAGCUCCAUCCAGAUACAGCAUUAAAAUCAAGAUCCGCCAGCUGCCAACAGGAAGUAAAGAUGCCCGUCCUCUGUUAAAAGAGAUGAAAAAGGGGAAGGAAUUCUAUGUCAUCUUUGAUUGCUCUUGCCAAACAUCAGCUGAUGUUCUCAAACAGAUCUUGUCCAUGGGGAUGAUGACUGAAUAUUACCACUUCUUCUUCACCACCCUGGACCUGUUCGCCCUCGACCUUGAGCCAUACCGCUACAGUGGGGUCAACAUGACGGGGUUCAGACUACUCAACACCGACAACCCUCAGGUGGCCUCGGUGGUGGAGAGGUGGGCCAUGGAGCGUCUGCAGGCUCCCUCCAAAGCAGAGACUGGAAUGAUGGAGGGGAUGAUGACAACUGAAGCAGCUCUGAUGUACGACGCUGUCUACAUGGUGGCUGCUGCCUCGCAACGCGCCUCCCAGAUCACUGUCAGCUCCCUUCAGUGCCACCGACACAAACCCUGGCGCUUUGGAUCACGCUUCAUGAACAUGCUCAAAGACGCACAAUGGAAUGGCUUGACGGGACAAAUAAUUAUAAACAAGACAGAUGGCCUGCGGAAAGAAUUUGAUUUAGAUGUCAUCAGCCUAAAGGAGGAUGGCUUGGAGAAGAUUGGCGUGUGGAACUCCCAAACAGGCCUUAAUUUAACAGAAAAAAAUAGGGACUUAUCCACCAAUGUGACCGACUCAAUGGCUAACAGGACCCUCAUUGUGACAACUAUUCUGGAAAAUCCUUAUGUCAUGUAUAAGAAAUCUGAUAAGCCGCUGUAUGGAAAUGAUCGCUUUGAGGGCUACUGCCUGGACCUGCUCAAAGAGCUCUCCAACAUUUUGGGCUUCUCCUAUGAGGUAAAGCUGGUGUCUGAUGGCAAAUAUGGAGCUCAGAAUGACAAGGGGGAGUGGAACGGCAUGGUGCGAGAACUCAUUGACCAUGUGGCUGACCUCGCCGUGGCCCCUCUCACUAUCACAUAUGUCAGGGAGAAGGUGAUAGAUUUCUCCAAGCCCUUCAUGACACUGGGGAUCAGCAUCCUCUACCACAAACCCAACGGCACCAAUCCAGGAGUGUUCUCCUUCCUCAACCCGCUGUCUCCUGAUAUCUGGAUGUAUGUGCUGCUGGCAUGCCUCGGUGUCAGCUGUGUGCUGUUUGUUAUUGCCAGGUUCACUCCCUAUGAGUGGUACAACCCUCACCCCUGCAACCCAGACUCAGAUGUGGUUGAAAACAACUUCACUUUAAUAAAUAGUGUCUGGUUUGGAGUUGGAGCACUUAUGCAGCAAGGAUCAGAACUAAUGCCUAAGGCCCUCUCUACAAGGAUAGUUGGAGGAAUAUGGUGGUUCUUUACGUUGAUCAUAAUCUCCUCAUACACUGCCAACUUGGCUGCCUUCCUCACUGUGGAGAGAAUGGACUCACCAAUCGACUCUGCAGAUGACUUGGCCAAGCAAACAAAAAUAGAGUAUGGUGCUGUAAGAGACGGCUCCACCAUGACCUUUUUUAAGAAAUCUAAGAUCUCAACUUACGAGAAAAUGUGGGCAUUCAUGAGCAGCAGGAAAAAUACAGCUUUGGUGAAAAACAACCGGGAGGGGAUUCAGAGGGUUCUCACCACAGACUAUGCUCUUCUAAUGGAGUCAACUAGCAUCGAGUACAUCAGCCAGCGUAACUGCAACCUGACACAGAUUGGAGGCUUGAUAGAUUCAAAGGGCUAUGGAGUGGGAACCCCAAUUGGCUCCCCUUACAGAGACAAGGUCACCAUUGCCAUCUUGCAGCUUCAGGAGGAAGGGAAACUGCACAUGAUGAAGGAGAAGUGGUGGAGAGGCAAUGGCUGCCCAGAGGAGGACAGCAAAGAGGCCAGUGCUCUGGGUGUGGAGAACAUAGGGGGAAUCUUUAUUGUGCUGGCAGCUGGACUAGUCCUCUCAGUUUUUGUAGCAAUUGGAGAGUUUAUUUACAAAUCCAGAAAAAACUUGGACAUUGAGGAGGUGAGUGUUGGUCAGUGCGAAUGGCAUAACAAGUAUUAACACACUAGGGGACUCAAUAGAAGACUGCUAUGAACUUACAACACAUUUGAAUUGUCAUUGUUGUCUUCAGAGGACUACAGUUAUCACUGGGCCAACAAAAAUUCUGAAUGUGUUGAACUGCACUGUUACAAUCAAAACAGAAAUACUUUUUAAUGCAGAGUUUAAUGUUUUCAGUAGUUUUGAUGUAGAGCACAGAAAAACAUUUUAGUCUUAAUUGAAAGAAUACAUUUGAACCCCUUUCUAUGAUGCAGAUGGUUGUUGACUUCUGACAUCAUGACACUUGACCAUCUUGGCCUUGCUGUUUUUCGCAAAAAAAACCCUAUAACAUUGUAACAUUGUUUUGUGUGAAAAAAAUGUCAUGCCAUGAUGAUGGGUAAGUGAUGGUAAGUGGUAUUUUUUAGGCAUGUUUGCCAUGUUAAUUUCAACAACUGCAGUAGGUUUGAGAGUAUUCUGUUAUAAAAUGUUUUUCAUAAAAUUUUCAUGUUUAUAGCGCACAGAAACUUAACAUGACAUAACGGCACUACUUCUUACCACUUUUGUAUGUACUCAAAGCUUGAUUUGUUCAAUGACGGUUGUUUCCAAUGUGUUUAUGAAUGAGUGCUCCCUCAAGAUUUUAUUCAAGUUGCUUGACACUCAGGCCAUACGUCGCUUACUGUCUUUUCUUUUCUUUUUUUUGCUUUUGUAUUAUAUAAAGUUCAUAAACAUGCAUGUAUAAGUUUCGUCAUGUUGGAAUUGUUUCAGAAUGACUAAAGUUAUGUGAGAACAUUACAUCCUUUAACCUUU